AUGGGAGAUCAAAAUCAGCUUCUUAAGGAUUUCGCAGCCCCAAAUGCUCAAGGUACACAGUCAAGCAUUACAAGGCCUAAUGUUGAAGCUAAUAACUUUGAGCUGAAACCAUCACUGCUCUCAAUGGUUCAACAGAAUCAGUUUGGAGGAGGUGCUACUGAAGACCCGAACCUCCACCUAUCGAUUUUCUUGGAGUAUUGCGACACUUUGAAACUUAAUGGAGUGACCAAUGAUGCUAUUCGACUCAGAUUAUUUCCGUUCUCUCUAAGGGACAAGGCUAGGGCUUGGUUGCACUCAUUGCCAGCUGGGUCCAUCACCACUUGGGAUCAAUUGUCCAGAGCGUUUCUUGCAAAGUAUUUUCCUCCAAGUAAAACAGCACAGAUGAGGAACCAGAUCACAAGCUUUGUACAGAAGGAAGGAGAGUCACUUUAUGAAGCUUGGGAACGCUACAAGGAAUUAUUGAGGAUGUGCCCUCACCAUGGACUGGAGAAGUGGUUAAUUGUUCACACCUUCUACAACGGGCUCACUUACAACACACGGAUGACUGUUGAUGCUGCUGCAGGAGGAGCUUUGAUGAACAAAACAAUAGACGAGGCAUACACUCUCAUUGAAGACAUGGCUCAGAAUCACUAUCAAUGGGCGAACGAGCGUGCUCCUCAGACAUCAAAAGGAGGCAAGUAUGAAAUAGAUGCUUUAGACCAUAUAUCCUCUAAAGUUGAUGCUUUAUUUAAGAAAGUUGAAGGCUUGAGUAUUAAUUCUGUGGCAUCUACUUUAAUUUCAUGUAAGAUAUGUGGCUAUGUGGGUCAUUCUGCACUUCAAUGUCAAUUAGGAAACCCCCCAACCAUUGAUACUUCUGGUAAUGAGCAAGUUAACUAUGUUAAUAACUUUAAUCAGAAGGGAGACCCAUUCUCCAAUACUUAUAAUCCGGGGUGGAGGAAUCUUCCUAAUUUUUCUUAUAGAAACCCACCUGGAAAUCCCAUGCCUGCAUCUAAUUUUGGUCCACCUGGUUUUCUUGCUCCUCAAUCCAAUUUUCCUUCUCAAAAGUCAAAUUUGGAAAAUAUGAUGGAGAAGUUUGUGACGACUCAAUCAAAAUUGAAUGAAGAGUUUAAGCAGCAACAACAAACCACGAAUGAGGUGGUAAAACAAUUGGCCUCUAAGAUGGAUUCCCUAGCUACGCAUAACAAGAUGUUAGAGACACAAAUCACCCAAUUGGCACAAAAUGUUAGCUCUUCCUCUAGGCCUUCAGGCAUGCUACCUGGACAACCCGAGACAAACCUCAGGAGUCAUGUGAAUGCUAUAACUCUUAGAAGUGGGAAACAAUAUGAGGGACCCAAGAUGAAGGAAAAUGAUGGGGUGGAUGGUCAUCAUGAAGAAAAAAAUGAAAAUGUGAUAGAUGUGGAUAAUGAGACCCAAACGCAAGAAGAAGAAAAAGUUGAAAAAUAUGUGGCCCCCGCUCCUUACAAGCCUCCUCUACCCUUUCCCCAAAGGUUAGCUAAGGCUAAGUUAGAAAAGCAGUUCGGAAAAUUUUUAGAGAUUUUAAAAAAGUUGCACAUCAAUAUCCCGUUCACUGAAGCUAUUUCUCAAAUACCUUCUUAUGCUAAGUUCUUGAAAGAGAUCCUAUCUAACAAAAGGAAGUUGGAAGAAUACGAGACUGUGACCCUUACUAAGGAGUGUAGUGCUAUCAUCCAGAAUAAGCUGCCUCCUAAGUUUAAGGAUCCAGGUUCAUUUUCUAUUCCUUGUGUUAUUGGUAAUGUCUCUAUUAACCGUGCUUUGUGUGAUUUAGGUGCAAGCGUAAGUUUGAUGCCGAUGUCUAUUUGUAAGAAGCUUGGCAUAGGUGAUUUGAAGCCAACCACGAUAUCACUCCAAUUGGAGGAUCGAUCGGUAAAAUAUCCGGUAGGUAUACUUGAAGAUGUACCUAUCCAGGUCGGUAAGUUCUUUAUCCCGGUUGAUUUUGUUAUUUUGGAAAUAGAAGAAGAUUCUAACAUUCCAAUUAUAUUAGGAAGACCCAUCCUUGAUACUGCAGGUGCUAUAAUCGAUGUUAAAAAUGGAAGGCUCUCUCUAAAUAUUGGAGGGGAGACGGUAGAAUUUGAUUUAAGCAAUACUAUGAAACUCCCUCUAAGUGAUAAAAUUUGUUACAGGGUUGACGUCAUUGACAAGUGUACCCAUGAGCAAGUUGCAAACCAUAACUCAGCUGAUCCACUUGAGAAGUGUUUGGUAUACGACAGAUCAAUAAAUGAUGAAGACCCCGAGGUAACUGCGUAUGCUCAAUCUUUAGAAUCAACAUCAACUGUUCCACUUCGAAAUGCAAAGCUUUAA